AUGGAUAGUGGAUCACUACGAAUAUUUUCCCCUCAAGCUCCAAAUCUCUCAGGACUUUUUCAAUCGGAUCAUAUCGAAAAAGGACUGUUUGAACACGCAGUGCAAGAAAUUGUUAUGCAAUUCAAGCCUAAUCCCUGGGCUCUGUGUCCAGAUGGCAAGCCGCUUGGACCUUCCGCUUUCGAUGACUUACCUCCAUUAGAGAUGUCUUUCAGUCUCAAUCGAGAAUCCUAUGAAGUUAAGUUUCGGGAACUUCAUGCUAUUGUUUCUACUGAGGUUGCAGAGCUGAUGCUCCCUGAAUUCAAAGCCGACCUUCAAUUUGAAAGGAAAGUUCGUUCAAGGAUGUUAUUUGAGAACUCUAAUCCGGGAAAUGGGCCGGAUGAAUUAAACUUGGCUGCAACCGCUGUAACGAAAUUCAUUAAGGAUUCUCAGUUAGACCUAAGAAGUGAUCAGCAAUUGGAAACACCACCAAAGCUAGUUCUUCCUCUCCCUAGACAUCUAUGCACUGAAAGGGGUUGGAAUCGUUUGGGAGGCAUACCACAACUGGGUGUGGAUGUUGAAUACUUGUUCACCAAGCUCGAAUAUAGAAAGACGGCACCUUACAAUUUUGAAAGUCACGAAAUACGCUGCACGAGUGUUGAGGCUGGAAAAGCUGGUGGUUCACAUCUGGAACUGAGCCUCACAUCUCCAUCGAUGCCUAGUCAAGAUGAAUUCAACCACACCAUGAAGACGGCGCUGAAGAUUGUACGAUUGAUGGAUAUGAAGAAUAUCACGAGCGUUUAUGGACAGAUGAGAGAAGUAUUCGCAGAACGGAAAGAGCCAGUCUUGGGGCCUGAUGAUUUUAAAUACGUGCCCAAGAGACCAAGUGAUUUUUUGGAGGUGAAAAGACAUUAUGAAGAAGAAGAAGAGAAAAGAUCUAGAUUUGAUAAAAAACCAGGGGAAGGGGACGGUAAUCAAUGGGACAUUUUGUCAGAUAAGGCAUGGGAAUCUCGCGGCUUUCAAGGUAGAGGAUGA